AUGCCUUCAAAUUUAUCCAAGGGAAAGGCUCCUGCAAUCGAACCCGACCCUGUUAACUCAAGAACAGUCACCUCACCUCCACUCUCUCCUCUGACUGAGAGAUCAGUCAGCCCAGAGAACUCAUUCCCUCCUCAUGAAUUUACCAAGGCACCGGAGGCUCGUCAGGCAAAUUCUACUGUCGCCAAUUCAUCCUUGUCACAAAAACCUGCACCACCAACUUCUGAUCCUGCAGCUUCCAACAAUGCCAACCAGAGCGAAGCCCCUGGAACCCCCGGGGGCCCGGGUACGAGCUCAGAGCAGGAACUAGUGUGGAAUGAUGAUAUGCUCGACAAGAUGAUGGCUGAGGAGGAAAUUGACAAGAAUGACUCACUAACCAAGGAACAGAAAGUGGCAAAGAAGCAAUAUGUUCAAAAAGUUGAAGCUCUGUAUGAAUCACUUGGUCGUACAGAAGUUCUGAACAAGGAUUUCUUUCCAGAAUUGAACAUUUCCUACUUUGACCGAAUUCACAUUGCUAACUGCAUAUUCCGCGCUGAAGAGAAUAAUGUGUAUGCACUUCUUGAGCUCCCUCAAGACGCGACACAUGAAAUGGCGGCCUGUAGCAUCAAGAAACUUGAGAUGAUAUUGGAAAUUCCCGCCUGCUCCCAUGAAGCAGAAGCUAAGGUUGUUGCAAGAGCUAGAGAGAAGUUGGCGACCAUCAAAGCAAAUCUCAUACAAACUGUUGCGGGUGUCGCAAAUGCGCUUGAAAGGGUGCGUUUAGAUGAACUGAAAGAGCCAUUGGUGAAAAAACCUCGAGAUGCACAUGUGAGUGCAACUGCUCACUUAAAAAAACUUUUUGCUGCACAUCAGUGUGGUGAAAUAAUCAUAUCUGGUGUAUUCGAUAAAGAAAAGCCAAGCGCACAGGUUGUUGCACACCUGGGGGCUAUCGACAGAAUUAACAGAGACCUGAUGGAAUGGAACUCUGAAAGAGGCUUGUCCCCGAAACUGGGAACAAUCGAUGUCUUGUCCAUAUCAAGCUGGUCAAAGCUCCCUCCGCAAGAAUUAUUCACAUAUGCCGAGGACGACAUCGACAAGUAUUGGUUACCACUCUGGGAUCAUAUCACGCCAGCUGCUCAGAAUCUUUGGACUGCUUAUCUUCAAGGUGGAAAUGUCAAAGCGGCCCUGGAAGAACUACGGACCAAUUGCUAUAAGACAUGGCCUGAAAUUCAGAAAUUGAAUAUGGAGAAGAAACAGCUUCUCUAUGCUCAUGGACUGAAUCCCGAAGUCAUUGAAAUGAUAUAUGUUAGGCUAUUCACUGCAUACACGCAAGGUGACCGUGGUACUUUUGAGAGCCUCGGGAAAAUUCAGUCAAAUUGGCUGGAGUCCAAUGGGCUGCCACCAUACUGGUGCCCUAAUUAUCCUGAAGUGCCAUUUCAGCAGCAACCAAACAAGAAUCCUUCGCCUCCUGGUGGCAAUCCUCCCCCUCAAGGCCACAGAACACCUGAGACGGCUCCCCAAGGACCCGGGACUUUGAAUAUACCACAGGGAACUUCUGCUCAAGGCACGGAGCUAUUAACCCCCCAACAAUCUGGGACAAUGACCUCAUUAUCAGAACAACCAUCAACUCCAAACCCCAGCACUGCUGGCUUGGGGGGUUCUGCCUUCUCAAAUUGCCCUAUAUGCAAACAAGCUCCAAGUGGCAGGCUUUGUCAAUGCCGCGGAUGUGCUAUCCAAUGCCACUGGGAUUUGUGUGUGAAUUGCCGGAGCCAGAAGCUCUAUGAACCUGGCGCCCCUCCAACUCCACCAUCCACGCAAGGUUCACCUCCAUCGAAUAGUGCUUCAACUCCACAAAACAGCCCUUCACCUCCAUCAAAUAGUGCUUCAAAUCCACGAAACAGCCCUUCGCCUUCACAAAACAGUUCCCCGCCACAAGACACCAGUACAAGCGGCUCGGCGAGACGGCGGCAUGUUUCAGUGCCUGCUCGACGGGUUGCCAGAUGCAUCCGUCCAGGGUACACAGCAGCAGGCGAGAAAAUCACCCAUGCAGAGAUAUACGGAAUCGGUGGCCGUGUUGUUGUUGAAACUGACAAUGGCGGACGUAAACUUCUUACUCAAUCUGAGGCUGGGGGGCGCGCGGUCAUCGAUGGAGCAUUGCAGUGCCACGAGGUUGGAGGCUUUCAAUCCAGCGGGUGGAAGGAGCUGGGGAAACGGGUUUCAGAGAUGGGGGAACAUGGUGUGGCUUGGGUCGCACUUGGUAGUUGGAAUCCCUACAACAAGAGAUUGCCGAAUGUUGUUUGCGGGUUCUAUCACCAUUUGGAUGGGAACUAUACGGAAAUCGUUGGCUCGCGCUCAAACUUGAAAUUAUGUCUCGGUGCACGUGUUGCUGAGACAAUGCUUGCGGAGGCUAUCGCCCCUGAGGGGUCGGAUGCAACAUCUGUUGAGGAGGCACUAGAAGAUUUACAGGAAGCAGAGUUACGAAGACAGGCAGAAGAUCGAGAGAGGCUGGAAAUAACAUGCAACCAACAGACGACCUUCAAGAAGUUUCUUGAAGUGUGCCAUGACUGCUUGUCGCAGCCUUUAGUGGCUGGGACACCUUCCCGCUCCACAAAAGAAAGAAUACCAUUGCCCACUGGGAAAUACUGCCCAACAAAUCUUUGUCCGUGGUUGGAUUGUUCAGUGCAACAGCAAGAAAUCUUCAAUGCUGUCUGCAGUUACCUCCAACCAACCGGAGGUGAUGCACCUCGACUCUUCACACCUCCCCUUGAGCUACACGGUCUUGGUCGAUGGUUUGGCCGUCGGCGGCUACAAAGUGAAAAGGAUCUGGAGAGCUAUGAGAGAUUCGCGGUUGAAGACCACAUCUGUGAUAUCAUUGCAGAGCUUUGUAUCAUACCCGACGCCCAGAACAGAUUUCACCUUGGUGAUGGGGUUGUGUUUGACAACCAUGCGAAUACUCUCGAUGGGCCAGAGGAUGACACUGCCGUGGUUGAUGAAUCUAGUUCACAGAGACUCCAAGCCGAUCAGUUUUGUAUUCAUCAAGUCAAUGGCACCGCAAAAAGCCUACUUACCACCGUUGAAUACAAGCCACCGCACAAACUCUCGGCUGAGAAUCUUCGGACAGGCCUUCGACUGAUGGAAUUCUGGAAAGAAGUUGUUCAACGGCCCACGAUACCCACUGACCAAAAUGAGAAGCUGAGGUACAACGCAGAACAGCUGACUGGGUCAGCAUUGGCCCAGGAGUACCACAUUAUGAUCCAAGAAGGAUUGAAAUACUCCUAUAUAACUACUGGAUUUGCCCUGGUCCUCCUUCGCGUUCUGUAUGACAAUUCUAGUACGCUUUAUUACUAUCUGUGUGAAUCAAACAUGGAUGUGCAUUCAGAGAAUCCUGGGGCCUUCAACCAGCCAAAAACAGCUAUUGCCAGAGUGUUGUGUCUCUGUCUGAUGAGUUUUCUUGCCCAGACCCAUGACCAAAGCUGGCGAAAUGAUGCAAGGUCCCAACUACAUCUAUGGGAAACGAGUUUUGAUCAUGCGCGUUCACAAAUCCCCAAUGAGGAGCUGGAACAGGCCCCUCCAGACUCGGAAUAUACAAGUUCAGAGCAUACGGUUUCCGAGUAUCUGCCAUCAUCUCCUUUACAGCCUCCUCCAGAGCAGCGCCGACCUACACGCUCACAAGCCGACUGCAUGCCCAUGGACUCCACUCUUCCACAUGGCCCCGUGAAUUCUUCCGAUUCCGAUUCCGGACCCGCAGCGCAAAGUCAGAAACAAGGCUUCAGUCAAGUGAUGUCUUCCCCAGUCAAUCAACCUUCAGCCGUGCGCCCAACAAGAAGUUCUAAGCCCGCGGGCGAUGCAUGCCCGCAACCGAUAGAUUACUGUACACAGCAAUGUCUAUUGGGUCUGCAUGAAGAAAAAGUCCGGCUGCUGAAGCAGCAGCUUGAUCACGAUCUUGAUCAUAAUUGCACACCUUUCGGGGAUUGUGGGUCGUACGGUGCGCCAUUCAAGAUCACUUGCGCCACAUACGGCUAUACUGUUGUGGGAAAGGGGACUACAUCCUGGCUUUGGAAGGAGGUCUCACGCGAAGUGGAAGUAUAUCAGAUUCUCCGGAGCCUACAAGGCAUCGCCAUUCCCGUCUUUCUCAGGGCAAUUGACCUAAGAUUGGUAUAUUUUCUGCACGGUGCUGGAGAGAUCCGCCACAUGCUUCUGAUGGGUUGGGGAGGAGAAAGCCUAGAAAGAGCUGAGAAAAGCCCGACGCUCACCCAUGAGAUCCGCCAUGAGAUUCACCAGUCAACAAGGCAAAUCCGGAAGCUGGGUGUCAUGCAUAAUGAUUUAAGGCGUGGGAAUUUGCUAUGGAAUCCUGAGCUCCGCUGGGUCCUGGUCAUUGACUUCCACAAGUCUAAUGCGGACUGCAGGCCGACAGGAAAGCGAAUUAAAUCCUUGAAAGAAUUGCCUAAUCAGACAAAACGACGCCGCCUCCUUUCAGGGGUGGCUUCGCUAGGUUGA